AUGGGUGAAGAAACAGAAGUCGCAGACGCCGUGCCCCAAGUCGCUUUCAAGAAGCGCUCCAAGGGCAAAGCCAACUUUCGCAAGAAGCCCGCAACGCCACCUCCUGCGUCUGACUCCGACUCCGACUUUGUAUCUUCCGACGACGAAGAAGGGCGACGGAUCAAGAGGCGGCGCAAGAAUGCAGCUGUCACCGCAUCGUCCACAUCAAAUGCGACAAGGAAACAGCGCCCAGAAGACGAACCUACAACCGCGGGACCCGCUCCAUUGACCUCGAGCAACGAUGCCACAAAGGCUUCCGACUGGUAUGACGAGAACCUGAGCGAAAAGAAUUUAUUGGGCACAACCCGGGCAAAACCAGUCCCUACCUCACAGCCGGACGGAACCUACAAGGGUGCCGCCAACUAUCAAUCUUUCAUCCAGAAGAACCCUGAUGCACCAGGGAAAUUCGGUCCUGUCAAAGCUGCGACCAAUGUCAGGACUAUCACAGUGACAGACUUUGCCCCCGAUGUGUGCAAAGAUUGGAAACAAACUGGCUACUGUGGCUUUGGAGACAGCUGUAAAUAUCUCCAUUCUCGAGAGGCAUACAAGGCAGGAUGGGAGCUGGAUCGUGACUGGGAAAUCAACACCAAGGGCAAGCAGUUAAGUGGGCGAGUGGUUUCACAGCGAAAGGGCGCGGGCAAAAUUGCCGAGGAUGACAAUGAUGACGAGGAGGAUGAGUUGCUAGAGAGCAUCCCGUUCGCCUGUAUCAUCUGCUUGAAGCCCUAUAAAGAACCUAUCAUCACCAAAUGUGGGCACUAUUUCUGUGAAGCCUGUGCCCUACAGCGAUACCGGAAAACCCCGUCGUGUGCUGCCUGUGGCGAGGGGACUGGGGGUGUCUUCAACGUCGCAAAGAAGUUGAAUACUUUGCUGAACAAGAAGCGGGAACGUGCGCGCAAGAUUCGAGAGGAGGCGAUUGCAAAUGGGGAGGAGGUCAGCGAUGAAGAAGAGGGUGAUGAUAGUGGUUAG